AUGAUGAUUUCCGCUUGUCUUCGCAACAGGUCAUCCAGUCUUUCACAGUUUCUUUUGUUAUUCCCUGGAAGAUCCAUUUUUGCGGUUGGAAAUUUACUGCGGUAAGAAAGACGUGCAAUUUUAGCAUCAUGUAAUAAUGUUAAAAAACGCUUCUUUUGCAAAUGAAACAUUUUUAGCCGCUAUAUUCUUCUAAUUCUCACCGCAUUUAUCAUCAUUUCCUUGUUUUCGCCAUGGCAGAGACACAAACCUCCAGUGAGGUAUUUUGCAAUUUUGUCGUCGGACCUGAACCUCUACUACUUAAUUCACAUCCCGUUGGUCGUACAGCAUUGGAAAAAUUUGGGUGCGGACUCUUUGCUAUUUAUUACCCUCAAGCAAGAUGAGGAAAUUGAUAGUGCUGCUCAACUCGUUAUCGAUUUUGCGGAAUACCUUGGGGUAGUUCCUACUGCAAAUAGAUGUUAUUGCUGUUUUUAGGCACAUGUGACCAAAUAUUACAACAAUACCAUAAGUGCUGGGCAGUUUGCGCAGACUCUACGCACCUUCGCGGCUGGAGAUGCGUUCGCCCACAAACUAAACCCAGACAACACGAUAUUUAUUACAACAGAUGUUGAUUUCUUCCCCAGUAACUUGACACAUCAUAUACCCAAACUAGAUAAAGGGAAGGAAAUCAUGUUCUAUGACAAAGAUUGUUGUGGCUAUUUGAAAUGGAAGGACACGCGAUUCGAGAUGUUUGCAAUGACUUCUGUUGGGAUGACAUUGAGAAGAUGGAGGGAAAUAAUUGGUAGGUAAAGCAACAUCAUAAGUUGGCAAUUUAGUCUCGCGGCCGACCUUGGUUCUAAAAUAUUUCUUUUUGAAUUUUAGACCUUCCAAGCAAGCCAAUUGACAGCCAGUUCAUUGAAACGUACGUUAACGCGACGUUCGAUAACACAAUAUCCCAACAGGACCAUUUUUGGAAGUGGUAUCUUGAUCAACAAUUCUUCGGCUAUAAAAUGCACCUCUGGAUUGAGAAGCACCCGCGGGAGUGGGUUUAACCCUGGCGUUCCGUAAUGAAUUCUUUGAUUUAGAUACGAAAACAUCACCGAGACUUUCAAACGCGGCGAACGCCUUGAACGUAAAUUUUGGCCAGCAGACGAGGUUCUUGAGUCAGUCGAAGAUACUUGGAAGCACUACGAAAGUGCGCACGUUGCUCCUGGAAUUUUUAUGGAAAAUGUGUGGAUCAAAAACUUGGUGCUUUACAAAAAAAUCUUCCCCAAAGAACAACUUGAACAAAUCUCCUCUUUCCGGGAACACAUUGUGAAGUUGAUCAAUGUCACUGAGACAAUGAGCCGACAUUACCAUCCUGAGCAAAACGAUACGUAUUGGAGGAGCACAUUCCAUCAAGAAGGGAUGUUGAACGAUGGACGAGAAGCACCGAAACACAAACCUUUGGCUGUUGCGUAG